UUAAGGUUCUCUCCCGGUCUGCCUGACAUCGCCAUGAGAAUCGCCUCCUUGUGCGCCUUGCUUAGUCUGUUCGUUGUAUUGUUCUCGACGACAGAAGUGACCUCGUGCUACGUAAAAACCAAUGGCUGCUCUAUACCAGGAGACCUUCCAUUCGCCUACAAGGCGACAUUUAAACCAGCUUGUGACAAACACGAUGUCUGCUACUACUGUGUAAGACUUGCUUCAUUUUCUUACUACAAAUUUAUCAGAAUGACGGCAACAAUGUCUCACUUUCAUAAAUAAGGAUAGCUUAACUACGCAAAUUAACAGUUGGAUGCUACAUACGCAAAUCCAGAACAAAAGAUAAAUAAAUAAAUACAUGAUGCCAUACUAAAAAACCCAAAUUUAGAACAAACGACAAAUAAAUAGAUUAAUAUGCCUGAAAACUACAGUGACCAAAAUACAACAAUAUCAUAAAUAUCUUUGAGUGGCUAGUACAAAAUUGGAGCUAAGACAAACUAAAUUUAACUCCUUAAUAUUUGCCAAUUUUUAUUUUUAGAAUUCACUGAAUAUUGAAGGGCGUUUUCGUAUCGGUCGUUGCCUAUUAUCUAUUAGAGAACACUAACGACAUAAAGAAUUUUUUGGCGGUGUUUUUUGUUCUUCUCUGUUACACAAUUAUUCCAGAUGGAGCAAAUGUAAGUGCAGGAAAAAAGUUUAGACAACAAAAAGUUUGGGAGAUGCCUAAAUUUUGCAAAAUUAGAAAACUAAAAUACUGCAACAUCCCAGGGCUAGGAUUUCUUUUUAUCAUUCCUUUUAUUUAUUAAUUUUUUUUCUGUUAUUAAAUAAAACAAAUAGAUUCCAUUAUAUAAUCGAAAAUGAUUUUUUGAUUGCCUGCACAUUAAAGGGCAGGAAAACAAAGCUUUUCUUUCUUUCUUUCUUUCUUUCUUUUAGGGUCGACAUUACGGGUGGGAGCGAGACCAAUGCGACAAAGCAUUUCAGCACGACAUGAAGAAGGUGUGUGACAGAUUCGGGGGGGCCAAACGCUGGGCGUGCAAGAGGAUUGCAGACGUCUACUACGGUUCAGUAAGAGUUGGUGGGGCUUUUUUCUUUAAAAGCCCAACUCAAUCAUGGUGCAAAAAGACGUGCGCAAAGAAUCGUGGAGAUCCAAACAAAACUCUCAGGGGUUAA